AUGGCGGCAAGUGGCAGUACUAGAAGACGUAGUUGUAAAGGCUAUUCAACAAAUACAAUGUUAUUGAGUCAGAGAGUUGUAUUAAAUAUUGGUGGACAACGUUUUCAUACCUACUUUGGAACACUUACUGCUAUACCACAUACGCGACUGUGUUGGUUGGCGCAAAAACAUCCAUUCUCACCCGAGUAUGAUCACGCAAAUGAGGAAUAUUUCUUUGAUCGUAAUGCAGUGAUCUUUAACGAAGUGCUAAACUAUUAUCGUACAGGACAACUGCACUGCCCGACUCACAUUUGUGCCUUGCAGUUUGCGGAGGAGCUCGGUUUUUGGGGAAUUAACCCACAAAACAUGGAACCAUGUUGUUGGGUACAUUACAAGAAUCAUAUCAAGAAUCAAAAGUCUUUACAGUCUUGUGCUAAAGAGAAGCAGGAAAUUACAGCGUCUACUGUCUUUGAUGUGCAUGGAGGCAAUGCACAAGCGUCAAGUGAAGCGUGUGCUGAUAAGAUCGCUGUGAUGUGGAAGAAAUACAAGAAAAUGGCUUGGACAGUUUUGGAAAAACCGAACUCGACAACUGCAUCAAAGGUAAGAUGUGGAUUCUAA